ACCAAGUUAACCAAAGGCUGCUUGGACACCAUGACAUUAUGCAUGUCUUCGACGGCAAGGAUCUGCAACGGCAAUAAUAAGGGAUGAAUAUCACACUCAUCAGCGGUUGUAAUAACACGCUAAUCACGGCUUUACUUUCUUGAAGCGUUUAUAUCCUGGGACCAUGGCAUCAUCAUCACCAUCACCAUCAUCAUUGCCUCUGAGCUGUCCUUGCAUCAACUCGACGGAAAUCUUGAUCGAGCAUUCCAACUGCGAGCAAGACAAUGGCGAUGCUGGAAUCCGAUUUGAAGAAGUUUGUUUCCCCUUGACCUUUGGAUCCAAUGCCUGUGCGGCUCAUGAUGUGGGGCUGGAUCCUCGCUGUACCACCACCAGUGCAAAGGAAGUUCUUCCCGAAUUUUGCGGCGAGCAUUGGUGCUACGUGGAUCGAGAUGCCUGUCGCGUCACACCCGAGCAACUGUAUCGAUCUGACAUGUUCGAUGAUCAUGUGGACUUGUUUUAUUCCUACAGUGUCUGCAACGCAUCGGCCGAUUCCUUCUUGUCCUAUCAGACCACGCAGUCUCUGCAGAAUGUGACCAUCCGAGCUGCCUUUCCGAUUAUGCGAGACUUGAUGCACUUUAAGCGGACGGAAUCGGGAGAAUUGGCGCAGAACAAGGGACCCGAGUACUACAAUGACGACGUUCCCUGGCAAGGAUACGCCAUUGACUAUUUCAAUGCCGUCGUCGAACUAUCCAAUGCGGCAGGGGUCGAAUACACCUUUCGCAGUGUCGGAGCAGACGAACUGUAUGAUCCAUUCACAGGCGUCGUUCACGAUGUACAUGCUGGAUUGGUCGAUGUCGCCAUUUCCACCUACUGGAUCACCAGUCAACGCUUGCAAAUGACACCCUACACCACACCUGUUGCCGUCGAUCAGGUCCUCUUGUUUGUCCCACAACCAGAAGUCGAUGGAGGCGGACUACAAGACAAUGUCGUCAAGAUUUUUGCUCCCUUUGACCCCAAUUUGUGGAUUUGCCUCUGGAUUCUCAUUCUACUCAUUGCCUUUGUCAAUAUAUGGCUCUCCACCACACGGGGAGUCCAUUCCUACUUGUCCCGACGCAUGACUGGGUCUCGAUGGAGACGCGCAGGUGUCGUGCAAAAAGCCACCAUUCUGGGAGGCAUGGUCUUGGAUAGUACCAUGAUUUUCUCCACGUACAUGUUUGGACACUCGGUCGAACUCGAUUGGCAAUCCACCCGGGCGCAAAAGAUUCUCAUGUUUGGCUUUGCCUUUUUGAUUCUUGUGUCGGUGGCGUCCUACACGGCCAACCUGGCCGCCUUUCUCACCGUCACUGGUGUUUCCAACUAUAUUGGUUCCAUGGAAGAGGCCAUCUUUACCAACGCGCCCAUUUGUGCCCACCCGACAUUACGAAAAGAAUUGGAAUCCGUAUGGCCGGAUGCGACCUUUGUCGUCAACGAAGACAAUCCGACAACGUUCGGUAUUAUUGAACUCUACGAAGCUGGAAAGUGCCCUGUUGUGGCAAACAGCAUGCUCGAUGUUCGUCAGAACAAAGAUCACAUGAAGGCAUUUUGUAGAAACCACCUUGUCUCCACCGGUAGUCUUGUCCUGGAAAACCCGAUUGCAUUCCCAGUGGGUGAGCGCAUUGCGGGUGGGUUGUCCUAUUGGUUGUUCCGAGCAGAAAAGUUAGGAAUUACGUUUCAAGACUAUGCCGAGCAAAAUUCACCACCGCUAGAAUGCAGCUUGAAAAUCGCCACAUCCGAGACGGCAGAAUUGGCGUCCUUGUCACCAGAGAAUUUCGCUCUUCCCAUCAUCUUUUGUUGCGCCUGCGUCAUUGUUGCGAUUGCCGUGCAUUUACUCAACAAACCACAUACUAGCACCGCCAUGACUGAUGUGUCGCACAACUCGUUGGCAUCUGACAAUCUAAAGGAUGCCGUGGGACGGCCACGAGCCACGUUUGAAGCUGCCCGGGAUGCCAGCGAAAACGAGGAUGAAGAACAGCGCGAUACGGUGGUCACUGAUCCUAUGUUACUGUUUCGGCAGAAUGGAAACGGCGUAGGUGGAUGGACGGAUCAAAGCAUGCGGGACCACAAUCUGAUGGGCAGACGCGGCAACGAUAGUGACGUACCCAACAAUCAUCAAAGUCAGGAGACAACGGAAAUGAAAAAGAACUUGCAGCAGGUUAUGGCUACUCAGCAGUUGAUGCUCUCCAUGUUCCAAGAGGCAUUCAAGGCGAAUAGAGAGGGAACUUCGGUAUCGUUCGCAGACCAAGUGCCUAAAGAAGAACAACCCGGGGCAGAGAAUGGGCAUACCAAAGCUGAAUAAGUGAAUGGAUAUGAGUGGCCUUGGGGGUACUAGUACCUGGUAUUCUUUACAAUGCCGUACUCACUCGUUGUAUUGGGAGACGUUUCUGGGCGUCUAUCAAAUAAUAUGUCAAGAGUUUUGUAUAUGCACCGAUGGGAGUAACAUAGGGUUCCUCAAUUCGCUUCCAAAACGUUUGUCUCCAGGCUCAUUCUUGCUGGCAUAGAGCCACAGAAGAUUUCGCUGCUGAACAUCAAGAAUUCGAGCUGAAGCACUUCCAUGAGGGAGGAAACUAAACUGAAACUUACUACGGUAUUAAUAGUAACGAAAGUAACAUGAAAUUUUCAUUACUAGGAUCUUUAUCAAG